AUGUUGGGGUUCAUGGAUAUGGUCCGAGCAAUACUUGUUGCGUUUAUAUUAACGUUCACCCGCGAUGCGGAGGAUUUGAAAAUCGACGCACCAAACGAGUCGAAUCAAGUAAGUCAACACGAAGUCGAGGCUUCUGAAGACGAAAGUGAUUGUGAGAGUGUUGAAGACUCCUCCGAAGACGAGUUUGACGAGAACGAAUUCUUCGUUGAAGAGUCUGACUAUCAAGACGACUCUAUUGAGACACUCAAGAUGCAACAAAAAGUUGUCCACCUGUCCUUAUAUUCCGAACGGCUUGUCGCGCUUCACCCGAUGUUCUUAAAUUCGAUCGAAGUGUGA